CGCUGUCUCGGCUCCGCUGUGUUGUUGUGUGUCGCUGUGUGUGUUGUCCAGUCUGCACUCUGGAGCGGCGGCGGCAGAAGAUCUCGGAUUUCUCCAGGUCCUCCCGGGAGAAGCUGCAGCAGCAGCGGGACAAGAUGUUCUCGAAGUUCACGUCCAUCCUGCAGCAUGCCGUGGAGGUGCUCGCUCCUUCUCUGCCGUUACAAGAAGACUUUGUCUACCACUGGAAGGCCAUCACCCAUUAUUACAUCGAGACGUCCGAUGACAAGGCUCCUGUGACCGACACCAACAUCCCGUCUCACCUGGAGCAGAUGCUGGACAUCCUGGUGCAGGAGGAAAGUGAGCGCGAGUCUGGAGAGACGGGGCCCUGCAUGGAGUACCUACUGCACCAUAAAGUCCUGGAGACCCUGUACACACUGGGCAAGGCCGACUGUCCUCCGGGCAUGAAGCAGCAGGUCCUGGUCUUCUACACCAAGCUCUUAGGAAGGAUCAAGCAGCCUCUGCUCCCCCACAUCAACGUGCACCGCCCCGUCCUGAAACUCAUCCGUCUGUGCGGAGAAGUCCUGGCCAAUCCGACCGAGAACGAAGAGAUCCAGUUCUUGUGCAUCGUGUGCGCCAAACUGAGACAGGACCCCUAUCUCGUCAACUUCUUUCUAGAGAGCAAAGUGAAGGCGUCUGACAGCGCUGGACCUUCCAGGAACCUGGGGGCAGCCGCCGGGGGCAGCACAGAGGAGGUUGUAGCUAAUGACACGGGGCAGGCUCAGCCUCCAGGGGCAGUACAUGCCAGCUCUGCCCCCAUAGACAAGCUGGAAGCCCGUGCUGCCCCCGGGCCGUCCACCAAUCACAUCCUGCAAGACUAUAAUCUGGUCAAUUCCUUAUUAAACCUGACAAAGAGCCCGGACGGGCGCAUAGCUGUGAAAGCCUGCGAAGGGUUAAUGUUACUGGGGAGUCUGCCGGAGCAGGCCGCGGCCAAGUGCCUUACGCAAAACACUGCGGUGUGUGAGCUGCUGACCGACCGGCUGACCUCCCUGUACCGGGCUCUUCCACAGUCCAUCGACCCCCUGGACAUAGAAACCGUGGAGGGGAUUAACUGGGGGCUGGAUUCGUACAAUGUUAAGGAUGACGCCUCGGCCUUCCCUGGUAAAAGAGCUCUGAUCUCCUUCCUGUCCUGGUUUGAUUAUUGUGAUCAGCUUAUUAAGGAGGCGCACAGGAUGGUGGCCACUACGAUGGCGCGGUCGGUGCGGGAGAGGUUCCUGGUUAAUGUGUUGGAGCCGCAGCUCAUGCAGACGUCGGAGAUCGGGAUCCUGACGGCCACCUCCCUUCUGCAUAGGAUUGUGCGCCAGGUCACGUCUGAGGCUUUGCUCGAGGAGAUUGUCUUUUUUCUUCUGGGAGAGCAACGAGAGCCGGAGACCCUGAGCACCAUUCAGAGCGUCCCAUUACGCCAUCGCCUCAUAGAACAUUGCAACCACAUAUCGGACGAGAUCAGUAUUAUGACGCUGCGGCUGUUCGAGCACCUACUACAGAAACCCAACGAGCACAUCCUAUAUAACCUGAUCCUGCGAAACCUGGAGGAGAGGAACUACACUGAGUACAAGCCCCCGUGUCCGGAGGACAAGGACGUGGUGGAGAACGGGCAGAUCCCAGGAGCCGUAGAUCUUGAAGAAGAUCCGAUAUUUACAGACAUCUCUCCGGACAACACUUUAUCUAAGGAGUGGUUGAGCGCGUCCCCUCCCAUUACGCCCGAUCAUCAGAGAACUGAUGGUAAAACCGAAGUGCACAAAAUCGUCAACAGCUUUCUCUGUCUGGUUCCUGAUGAAGCAAAAUCUUCAUAUCAAGUGGAAGGCACCGGCUAUGACACCUACCUCAGAGACGCCCAUCGACAGUUCCGGGAUUACUGUGCAAUCUGCCUGCGCUGGGACUGGCCCGGCACCGCCAAGCCCAUAGAGAAGUGCAAUCUAGAAGCUCCGUUCUUCGAGGGGCAUUUCCUGAAAGUUCUCUUUGACAGGAUGGGUCGGAUACUGGAUCAGCCGUACGAUGUGAACCUGCAGGUGACGUCGGUGCUCUCCAAGCUCGCUCUCUUCCCUCACCCUCACGUACAUGAAUUCCUCUUGGACCCCUACGUCAACCUGGCCCCUGGGUGCCGCUCCCUCUUCUCGGUCAUCGUCAGGGUGGUUGGAGAUCUCAUGGUGAGGAUUCAGCGGAUCCCAGACUUCACCCCUAAACUCCUGCUGGUGAGGAAGAGGUUACUGGGGCUGGAGCCCGAUGGUCCAAUUGUUGACCACAUGACGCUGUUAGAGGGGGUCAUCGUGCUCGAGGAAUUCUGCAAAGAACUGGCUGCCAUUGCCUUUGUCAAGUACCACAGCUCCACCACGCCUUGACGCCGCCCCCAGGGACCGUCCCCUCCGCACCUACGAGACCAAAUUUUACGUAUUUAAUUCGUUUUUAUGUUUGAGCAAAGACUUUAUUUUGGAAAGAAGGGAAAUCGGACGAAGACAUUAAAGGCGUCUUCUCCGGGCUGAAGCUGCACGCACAAGAGACGUCGCACGUGGAUUUACUCGCCGUUACCUUAUGUGUUUUACAGAACUUUUUAGUCGUUUGGGGUUUUCCCGCUGGAUGUUGAGUUUCGCAUGCAUGAUCUUUUUUUUUUUUUUUUUAAAGACUCAAAAUUGCUAUGAAUCGGAAGCCACUGAUGAUGUCAUCAGAUGUUCUAGUGGGCGGGCGAAGUCUGUUUACAUAAAAAUGCAUUAAGUAUUCUACCCCGAACACUUCAGAUGACGGCGUCAGCAGCCGCACGGAGCAGUCGUCUCGGUUACGUCCUGUCCGCACCGUAUGGAGAACACCGCACGGAUUCUCGGCUUUAAUACCGGACUCAAGAAAAAGCAAAAAUAAAACUUUUCCACUUUUGUAUUUAAGAGCGAAACCUGGAAACGCUGUCGAUUUAACGGACUAUUGAACCUGACGUUAUGUCCGGUCCUUGUGUGACAUCUGACAGCGCUGGUGGCGCCGGCGAUCGCUGCUUCACGUGCUGCUCGAUCCGCCAUGUUCUUAUUUUAAUUUCUUUUUAGGAUGUUGUUGGAGUAAAUGUUAAUGUUGGAGACGAGAAGCUUGUAAGAAAAUAAUAUAUUCCACGACCGGAUGUCAAUUAUCGGCAUAUUUGCUUUCUGUAUAUAUGUAAUGUAUAAAUUGUAUUAUACGUGCAUAUAAAGUCAUUACCAGGA